GUUAGUUUUUCAAGUAAAAAUCUGAGCAAAAUACACACACACAUGCAUAUACAUAUAUUGUCUUGUACAUUACUCAAACCUGAGUAAUAUGACAGCCAUGAUGAUAACCAAGCUCAAACCUCAUAACAAGCCAAGUUUUCAUCCAUGGAACUUACCCAACUUGAGAACUGAACAGUCUAGCAAUGAGUAUAUGAAGCACUUGUGCUUGCAAAAACGUUACAAAGAAGCUCUUGAGGUGUUUGACUUGAUAGAGAAAACUACAUCUUUUAGGAUAUGCCCCAGUGCUUACUCUCACUUGGUCUCUGCUUGCUCUUCUCUAAGGUCUCUCGAACAUGGUAAGAGAAUCCAUAAUAAUCUUAUUUUGACGUCGAAUUUUCAACAGGACAUCGUUCUUCAGAAUCGUAUUUUGAAUAUGUAUGGGAAAUGUGGGUCAGUUAAGGAUGCCAUGAAGGUAUUCGACGUAAUGCCUCAACGAAAUGUUAUUUCUUGGACUUCAGUCAUAUCUGGGUGCUCACAAAAUGGUCAAUAUAAUGAUGCUAUUGAAUUGUAUUGUCAAAUGCGAAGGUUAGGACAUAUGCCUGAUCAGUUCACGUUUGGGAGUGUAGUGAAAGCUUGUUCAGGGCGUAGUGAUGCUUGGUUGGGGAAGCAAUUGCAUGCUCAUGUUGUUAAAUCAGAAAGUGGUGAUCAACUUAUCGCGCAAAAUGCUCUUAUUGCAAUGUACACUAAAGUUGGUCUGAUUGCUGAUGCUUCCCUUGUGUUUUCACGUAUUGUAACAAAGGAUUUGAUAUCAUGGGGUUCGAUUAUUGCAGGAUUUUCUCAACUUGGCUAUGAGUUAGAAGCUUUGCUUCAUUUCAAGGAAAUGUUAUGCCAGGGUGCUUACCAGCCGAAUGAGUUCUUUUUUGGAAGUGCUUUCAGCGCUUGUAGCAGCCUCUCUGUGCCUGAAUAUGGGAGACAGAUUCAUGGGAUGUGUAUAAAAUUUGGUUUAGGAAGAGAUAUUUUUGCGGGAUGCUCACUUUGUGAUAUGUAUGCGAAAUGUGGCUUCUUAGAGUCUGCAAAAACUGCUUUCAAUAAUAUAGACAGGCCAGAUUUAGUUUCUUGGAAUGCGAUAAUCUCAGGGUUUGCGAAUAGUGGAGACACUAAUGAAGGCAUAUCACUUUUUAAUAAGAUGAGAUGUAUAGGGCUUAAACCCAAUGAUGUGACUGUUCUGUCAUUGUUUUCUGCUUGCAUAAGCUCCUGGACAAUCCAGCAGGGUAGGCAAGUCCACUCUUAUACAAUUAAAAUGGGUUUUGAUUCAAAUGUUCCUGUGCACAACACUUUGCUGUCUAUGUAUGCAAAGUGUUCAGCUCUCUAUGAUGCCUUUAAAGUUUUUGAAGAUAUAGAAAGCAGUGCUGAUUUGGUAUCUUGGAAUGCCAUUUUAACAGCGUGCACACAGCACAAUGAAGCUGGAGAGGUUUUCAGAUUGUUUAGACUGAUGCUUUGUUCUCAAAUGAGACCUGAUCAUAUCACUUUAAGUAAUGUAAUUACAGGUUGUGCUGUAAUUGCAUCUCUGGAGGUAGGGAAUCAAGUUCAUUGCUUUUCUAUGAAAAGUGGGCUUGUACUAAAUGCUUCUGUCUCCAAUGGAUUGAUUGACAUGUAUACAAAGUGUGGUUCACUUGGAACUGCUACAAAGCUCUUUAUCUUAAUGGAAAGUCCUGAUGUAGUCUCAUGGAGUAGUUUGAUUGUGGGUUAUGCUCAGUUUGGAUAUGGAAAGGAAGCUCUUGAACUCUUCAGAAAAAUGAAAAGUUUGGGAGUAAAGCCAAACGAAGUUACAUUUGUAGGGGUCCUUACUGCUUGCAGUCACGUUGGACUAGUAGAAGAAGGACAAAAAAUCUAUAGAACAAUUGAAAUUGAACAUGGGAUUGUACCAACAAGAGAGCACUGUUCUUGUAUGGUGGACUUGCUUGCUCGUGCUGGACGCUUACACGAAGCAGAGGACUUCAUCCAGCAAAUGGCAUUCGAGCCUGACAUUGUGGUGUGGAAGACUCUCUUAGCUGCCUGCAAAACUCAUGGGAAUACUGAUAUAGGAAAAUGGGCAGCAGAGAACAUUAUAAAAAUCGAUCCCUCUAAUUCUGCUGCUCAUGUGUUACUUUGCAACAUACACGCUUCUUCUGGCCAUUGGGCAGAAGUAUCUAGAUUAAGGAGCUUGAUGAAAGAAAGGGGGGUGAGAAAAGUUCCAGGUCAGAGCUGGAUUGAAGUUAAGGGUAGAACCCAUGUCUUUUUGGCUGAUGAUACUUUCCAUCCAGAGAGGGACAAAGUAUAUGAAAAGCUUGAGGAGUUGUGGUUCCAGAUGUUGGAUGAAGGUUGUGAUCCACUCGAGACAUAGGCUUUUUAUAACAAAAGAGGUUUUCCUGGUUGAUUCUGUGGAAUGAAUAUGCAUACCCUUUCGAAUUUCACUGAAAGCCCAAAGCCACUUGUGCACUGACUGAGUACCAGCCUCAAGGAAACUAAACUGCCUCUUGCCUCUGGCUAUGAUCAUCUCGGGUUUGCUUCUUGAUUUUGAGGUGCUUACCUGAUCUGGAAUUCGUUCAAGGGGUUCAAUGUUUGCUGCAACCAUGGUCAGAAAAUGUUCAAUCACUAAAGGAAUUGGUUCAAAAUCCUCAGUGGAGUAAGUCUACUAUCUAAUUCAAGGAAUCACUUGCUGUUUAGUAUGUUAAAGCUGUUCAAAACAAGUUGAGAUUACAAUUCUUUUGUUCAUUUACUUCAAAAGAAUAUGGAAGCAUGUUGUAUUCAAUCACAUUAUUAUUGGUAUAACCGCAGAAAUUUCAU